CCCGCGGUCGCCCGGCGGGCGCCUUCGCCUCCGCGCCCGGCCGGAGGCAGCGCCGUCCUCCUCCGGGGCUGCUCGCGCCGCCGCCCCGAGCCCGGCGGAGCGCGGCUGGCGGGGCCGCUGCGGGGGCCAUGACCGUGGAGCAGAAUGUGCUGCAGCAGAGCGCGGCGCAGAAGCACCAGCAGACAUUUUUGAAUCAGCUGAGAGAAAUCACUGGGAUUAAUGAUACCCAAAUACUGCAACAAGCCCUGAAGGCUAGUAAUGGAAACUUGGAGUUAGCAGUAGCCUUUCUCACUGCGAAGAAUGCCAAGACCCCCCCGCCGGAGGAGAGUACCUACUACCAGACCGCACGCCCAGGCAACGACAGGUACAUCAGUGUGGGAAGCCAAGCAGACGCAAAUGUGAUUGAUCUCACCGGAGAUGACAAAGAUGAUCUUCAGAGAGCGAUUGCUUUGAGUUUGGCAGAAUCAAACAGGACAUUCAGAGAGACUGGAAUAACAGACGAAGAGCAGGCCAUCAGCAGAGUUCUUGAAGCCAGCAUAGCAGAAAAUAAAGCAUGUUUGAAGAGGACACCUACAGAGAUGUGGAGGGACUCUCGAAACCCUUAUGAUAGAAAAAGACAAGAGAAAGCUCCAGUUGGGCUGAAGAACGUGGGCAACACAUGCUGGUUUAGCGCAGUUAUUCAGUCAUUAUUCAAUCUUUUGGAAUUUAGAAGAUUAGUUCUGAAUUACAAGCCUCCAUCAAAUGCUCAAGAUUUACCCCGAAACCAAAAGGAACAUCGGAAUUUGCCUUUUAUGCGGGAACUGAGGUAUCUGUUUGCCCUGCUUGUUGGUACCAAGAGAAAAUAUGUUGAUCCAUCUAGAGCAGUUGAAAUUCUGAAGGAUGCCUUCAAAUCAAACGACUCACAGCAGCAAGAUGUGAGUGAGUUUACACACAAGUUAUUAGAUUGGUUAGAAGAUGCCUUCCAAAUGAAAGCUGAAGAGGAAACGGAUGAAGAAAAGCCAAAGAACCCUAUGGUAGAGUUGUUCUACGGAAGAUUCCUAGCUGUGGGAAUGCUGGAAGGAAAAAAAUUUGAAAACACUGAAAUGUUUGGUCAGUAUCCACUUCAGGUCAACGGGUUCAAAGACCUGCACGAGUGCCUGGAAGCUGCAAUGAUUGAAGGAGAGAUCGAAUCCUUACAUUCAGAUAACUCGGGAAGGUCAGGCCAAGAGCAUUGGUUUACUGAACUGCCACCUGUAUUAACGUUUGAACUGUCAAGAUUUGAAUUUAAUCAGGCAUUGGGAAGACCAGAAAAAAUUCACAAUAAAUUAGAAUUUCCCCAAGUUUUAUAUCUGGACAGGUAUAUGCACAGAAACAGAGAAAUAACAAGAAUUAAACGUGAAGAGAUCAAGAGACUUAAAGAUUACCUCACAGUAUUACAACAAAGAUUAGAGAGAUACUUAAGCUAUGGUUCUGGUCCCAAAAGAUUCCCACUGGUAGAUGUUCUACAGUAUGCAUUGGAGUUUGCCUCCAGUAAGCCUGUUUGCACCUCUCCUGUUGAUGAUAUCGAUGCUAGUUCCUCAGCUAGUGGCUCCAUACCAUCACAGGCUUUUCCAAGCACAGCAGAACAGCAGGGAACCCCUGCUUCAGAACUGCCCAGCUCUUCACCUGCAUCAGGUGCUGCCCUGGCACUGAGGUCAGUGAUACACAAACCAUUCACCCAGUCUCGGAUACCUCCGGAUUUGCCCAUGCAUCCUGCGCCGAGGCACAUAACUGAAGAAGAACUGUCUGUGCUGGAGAGCUGUUUACAUCGCUGGAGAACAGAAAUAGAAAAUGACACACGAGAUCUGCAGGAAAGCAUAUCCAGAAUCCAUCGAACAAUUGAACUUAUGUACUCUGACAAAUCCAUGAUCCAAGUCCCUUAUCGCCUCCAUGCUGUUUUAGUUCAUGAAGGACAGGCUAAUGCUGGCCACUACUGGGCAUACAUCUUUGACCAUCGUGAGAGCAGGUGGAUGAAGUACAAUGAUAUUACUGUCACCAAGUCAUCCUGGGAAGAAUUAGUAAGGGACUCUUUUGGUGGUUAUAGAAAUGCCAGUGCAUACUGUUUAAUGUACAUAAAUGACAAGGCCCAAUUCUUAAUACAAGAGGAGUUUAAUAAAGAGACUGGGCAAGCCCUUGUUGGAAUAGAAACAUUACCACCUGACUUGAGAGAUUUUGUUGAGGAAGACAACCAACGAUUUGAGAAAGAACUAGAAGAAUGGGAUACACAUCUUGCCCAGAGAGCAUUACAAGAAAAGCUUUUAGCUGCUCAAAAGCUGAGGGAGGCUGACUCUUCUGCAAACACAGCACAAGCAGGAGGAUCAGAGUAUCUAGAGCAACCAUCAAGAAGCGACUUCUCAAAGCACUGGAAGGAGGAAACUCUCAGAGUGAUUGCCAAGGCAUCCCAUGAACAUGAAGAUAACGGUCCAGAGACAAUUUUGCAGUCGGCAAUUAAAUUAGAGUACUCCCGGUUGGUCAGGCUGGCCCAGGAAGACACCCCACCAGAAACAGACCACCGUCUACAUCACAUCCUGGUCUACUUUAUCCAGAACCAGGCCCCAAAGAAAAUCAUUGAGAAAACAUUACUCGAGCAAUUUGGAGACAGAAAUUUGAGUUUUGAUGAGAGGUGUCACAACAUAAUGAAAGUUGCCCAGGCCAAACUGGAAAUGAUCAAACCAGAAGAAGUGAACUUGGAGGAAUAUGAGGAGUGGCAUGCAGAUUAUAAGAAAUUCAGAGAAACAACUAUGUAUCUCAUAAUUGGACUAGAAAAUUUCCAGAGAGAAAGUUAUAUAGACUCCUUGCUGUUCCUUAUCUGUGCUUAUCAGAAUAACAAAGAGCUCUUGUCCAAGGGUCCAUACAGAGGGCAUGAUGGAGAGUUGAUAUCACAUUAUAGAAGGGAGUGCUUACUGAAAUUAAAUGAGCAAGCGGCAGAGCUGUUUGAGUCUGGAGAGGAUGGAGAAGUAAACAACGGCUUGAUUAUCAUGAAUGAGUUUAUUGUCCCUUUUUUGCCCCUUUUGCUGGUGGAUGAAAUGGAAGAGAAAGAUAUCCUUGCUGUGGAAGAUAUGAGGAAUCGCUGGUGUUCAUACCUAGGGCAAGAAAUGGAAUCAAACCUCCAAGAAAAGCUGACGGAUUUUCUGCCAAAACUGCUUGAUUGCUCUACAGAGCUCAAAGGUCUCCAUCAGCCACCGAAAUUACCGCCCUAUUCUGCUCAUGAACUCUGUGAGCGCUUCGCCCGAAUCAUGUUGACCCUCAGCCGUACUCCUGCUGACGGAAGAUGAACCGCCCCGACUCACCACACUCAUCCCAGAAACUCUUUUCUUACCCCGCCUUCCUGCCACGGGGUUUGCUUGCUGCUGCUAGAGUUUUUAACUUUUUAUUUUAAUAACUGCAAAAGACAAAAUGACUAUGCCGACCUUAGCCAGACUGCAAACAAUAAACCUGAGAAUCGCAUGGCGCUCACACUUUGUUUUAUCCGGAACCGAUGUACAGUUUCAAAUCAACUGAUUUUCUUGUGGCAAAACUAUGCUUUUGCUGCCUUUAUUGCAGUAUUGCCUCUCAGUUUUCUUCAUCAACAGCUUUCCAUUUAGUCUGGGACUUCCAAGACUAAGCCAUUAAGCAUUCAGCACUGUGUACGAUACAUAAUAUUUUGGUAGCUUGUAAAUGAAAUCAAAGAAUAAAGUUUUAUUUAUGGCUA